CACUAUCGACAUCGUUCUGCGUCGCUCAUCACUCUCCACAAUGGAGUGUUUGGUUUGGCGCGCGAGUUGAGCUAUCUUAUGGCACACGAGUUUUUAAAAACAUAAAGGAAAAGAACGUCGAGAGAGAGAUGCUACCGGCUUCUGCUUCUUCUUUUUGAGGGAGAGAUGCUGCUUCCAUUCCCGUUCGUCGGAUUCCGGCGUGAUGUCACGAAAGACUAACAUGGCAGAAGCAAGAUCAUCGCUCAGGCGGACGAUUGCCUUGUGGGGCCUUGUGGCGGCCGUCCUCGGGGAGUACUGGGGCGUCGGGUGCUGCGGCAUGGGGCCGGAACUCGGCGUCGGGCGGGGCGUUAGUAUCCCGGUGCCGGCUGCCUACGAGGAGGGCCUCAACGGGAGCGCGGUGAUCCUGAGGAGCAACGGCGGGAGGAGGUGGACCCCCGCGUUCAGCUGCUUCCUGAGGUUGCAGGCCAGAAGCGGGAGAUACUGGUGCUCGCUCGCCGUCUCCCUCGGCAACGUCGUCGUCUGGAGCUCCGUCGAGUUCCCGCCCUCGGAAGCCUGCCUGCUGGAGCUGACCGGAGACGGGGAGCUGCAGCUGGGUGAUCAUGUUCCCGGCGCCGGCGGCAGCGGCAAUCAUGGAGUCAUUAUUUGGAGAAGCGGCACCUCUGGUCAGGGAGUGAAGCAGAAGUUACAGCUAAGAAGAAACGGAAACUUGGUGUUGCUGAAUCAAGCCAAUCACAUAAAAUGGCAGAGCUUCAGCUUUCCGGUGGAUAUCCUCUUAUGGGGACAAACACUCCAGCGCUCUACUCGCCUUCUCUCCCCUUCUGACACCAUGACGCUGUACUAUUCCCUUGAAGUAGAGGACACUAGAGUGGCCCUGUUCCUGAACUCUGGCCAACAAAAAUACUCCUACUGGGAGUUCCGACCUGAUGAUCUUCACAGCAAUAUCUCGUUUGCCAAACUGACCUCCCGUGGAUUGGCAUUGUUCAACAGCACUUCUCACGAAAUAGGACUCAUAUCCACCAAGAAUGAGCAGGCGGUAUGGUUUUUUUCAUUGGCCAAAAAUGGAAGCUUGGUGUUCUACCAAUACUCCCCAAGCAUUGGGAAAUUCACAGCCUUGUAUCAACCACUGGUUGGUCCGUGCGAUCUUCCUUUCUCCUGUGGAACUUAUGGCGUUUGCACGUCGUCCAACACCUGCUCAUGCAUGCAGAUUUCGCAGCAGUGGUCAUAUAAUGAAUCUGGUUGCCUUCUAAACUAUGAAAUGCCUAGCAGCUUCUGCAAUGACAGCUGCACGGCAAAGUUGGUGACUUUCAGUGGCAUUGGCACCAUUUUAAGGGCACCACCAACGAUAGCUAAUGUGACAGUGGAGGAAUGCAAGGAUCUGUGCUUGGAAGACUGCACUUGUAAGGCGGGACUGUUUUCCAGCGGAGGAGCUUCUCCAGGAUGCUUCCAUUACCAAGUGGUCGGUGGUGUGAAGCAGGUUGGUGCAGCCAAACUCGCAGAUGAGGUUAUGUAUUUCGUUAAGGUUCCAAAGGGAACUGCAGACGGUCUCUGUAAAGAGACCAGGAGUGGUGAUGGUAGGAAAAAACUUGUGGUUGUGGGUGGUGUGAUCGAUGGCUUGGUUAUUCUGGGGCUUGGGGUUGGGAUUUUGUACUAUGUGAUCUCUGUCAAAAGACAUAAUCCUCGAAGUAGAGCCUCAUGAUUCAAAAAGUUGGUUCAUUACAAUGCUCUUUUUUUCUUUUUCUUUUUCUCUCUUUCUGGAUGAAGUGGUCUAUGGUGCUUGUAGUACUGUUCUUUUACAUAGUUCAAAUGCCUGGAGAAGAAAAGGGCUGCUGGGUACAAGUCGAAGAAUUUUUUCUCCAAAAUUCAAGAGAAGAAAGUGCUACAAGAAGCGGGUCAAGAACGUCUGUUUCCUUGAUAAGCCACCACUCUUUUAAAUGGCAUCAUAUUCUCUGCUCCACAUCCUUUUUCUUCUGUCCUGAUAUUAGUCGAGCCUGCUGCAGUGCUUUGCCUUUGCCUGCUUGUACCUGUCAUUCAUUUAGGAACAAGAAAAAUAAAUGGGAAGUCCCAAAGUUUUUGGUUCCUUUGACGGCAACAUAUUGCCAUACAGAACAGAAGGAAACAGAGCUAGACAUGAAUGGCUUUGUUGAUUGAGUUACUGCAACAGCACUUUAGGAAAAGAAUGACAAGCAAAUAAACAACCCCUUACAACUUUCUUUUCACAUGGUCAUGUACUUGUUCUACCUUCUCUCGUAUCAUAUGUUGUGAUCAGGGGAUUCUCCCUGGACUCACAAAAUGUAAUUGAUUUGCAACAUCCAUAUUUCCUUAGCUAUAAGCAUUGGAUGUCAGGGUAGCUUGGGCUAGUUUCAAGCAAAUAUAACACAUGACAAAGCAACCAUUUAAAGUAAGAAAAGAAUGAACUGAAGAUGUUCGAGCCUGAAAAAUGAGCAUCACUUGUUCACAACUAACUUGGGUGUAGUUGCACAACAACAAUCGUGUGAUGACAACUGGGUAGAGCACCAUUAUUAAAGCUGAAAAAGCUCAUAAAUUCAAGAACUAUGAUCAUUUUUGCUUCAGUUGCUGAUGAGUAACUGAAUUUUGGACCUCAUUGGAUAGUUUGGAGGAAACUCUUGUGCUGAAGAUUACAGAUAAAAGAACUUCCAUCACUUUCUUCAGGCAGUUUGACUACAGAGGAACAAGGACCAUAUCCAUAGCUCUCAUCAGGAAAAAAUUUCAAUGUAGAAACUGCUAU